AUGAGUGUGCUGAAGGAACACCAACGCAUCCACACUGGAGAAAGAACAUACAACUGUGACCAGUGUGGGAAGACUUUCACCUAUCCAAGUCACUUAAAAAUGCACCAACGCAUUCACACUGGAGACAAACCAUAUAGUUGUGACCAGUGUGGGAAGACUUUCAGCACAGCAGGUAGCCUAAAAAGACACCAACGCAUCCACAGUGGAGAAAACGUAUGUGAAUGUGACCUGUGUGGAAAGACUUGCAGCUCAGCAAGUUACCUAAAAGUCCACAAACGCACCCACACUGGAGAAAGACCAUAUGAGUGUUAUCAGUGUGGGAAGACUUUUUCCACAUCGGGUGUGCUCAAAGCCCACCUACGCACGCACACUGGAGAAAGACCAUAUCCAUGUGACCAGUGUGGGAAGGCUUUCACCAGAAUGAGUGGGCUUGAAAUCCACCAACGCACCCACACCGGAGAAAAACCACAUGACUGUGACCAGUGUGGGAAGACUUUCGCCACAAUGCGUUCACUGAAGGAACACCAACGCAUCCACACUGGAGAAAAACCAUAUGGCUGUGACAAGUGCGGGAAGGCUUUUACCACUUUGAGUGUGCUGAAAAACCACAGACGCACUCACACCAGAGAAAGACCGUAUGUUUGUGACCAGUGCGGGAAGACUUUCACCAGAAAGCAUUAUCUUAAUGUUCACCAAUGCACGCACACAGGAGAAAGACCAUAUGAAUGUGACCAAUGCGGGAUGGCUUUCACCUCAACGAAAACACUUCAAAUCCACCAACGCAUCCACACUGGGGAAAGACCAUUUGACUGUGACCAGUGUGGGAAGAAUUUCACCAUGACAAAUCAUUUAAAAAUCCACCAACGCAUCCACACUGGAGAAAAACCUUAUGGCUGCGACCAGUGUGGGAAGGCUAUCACCAAAAGUAGUGGGUUUAAAGUCCACCAAUGCACCCAUACCAGAGAAAAACCAUAUAACUGUGACCAGUGUGGGAAGAGUUUCACCAGAAUGAAAUCGCUUAAACUCCACAAACUCAUCCACGAAGGAAAAAGACCAUAUAAACAUCACCAGUUUCAAAACGCUUCCACCGAGAAGAGCGAACCUAAAGUCCACCAACGCAUCCACACUGGAAAAAGACCGUAUGACUGUGGCCAGUGUGGGAAGACUUUCAAAUUCUUUUCUGCUUUACAUUAUCACCGCUUUACUCACCACAAGAAGUUGAUGUACCCCUGUGCUGGGUGCGCCAAGAUUUUCUGGUCACCUUCCUCUUGCAACCGUCACCAGUCAAAAUGUACUAAACGUAAACGUGGCAAACAUUUGCACAAAAGACAAAAACUGAACAGUUGUACUGAAAAGCACAGAUGUGAAUCAUCAACGUCUGGACCAAACAGUAUCUCAGCGUCAGAUGAGAAGAAGAAACGCAGUGUGUGUGAACCAGCAGCACCCACUUCUUCUGACAAGAAUAUCAGACUUCAAAACCUCCAGAUCAGACUUCACAGGAUCCAGCUGUGAAGACAAACACCAGACUGAAAGCUGUGUUUUGUGUUCUUCAGAGUACAGAAGUGGGUUCUAAUGCACCACUUUCACAAAACAGUGACAUCACAGAAGCGCCACUAUGGUGGCCCAGAGGUGUAACAACCCAAAAAAUUAUCCACUGUAAGAAAAAAAGAGAACAGCCUAAAAAAUUAUUCCCUAUAAGUAAAGAAAGAGAA